CGGUAUUCGAAAUCAUUUCAAGGAUAAUGAGCCUCUGUGGAGAAAAAUGUUUGAUAGUCCAGAACCUCAUAAUUAUCCUCUACCAGCCCCAUGGCAAGAAAAGCUUUCACAGUUUCAAAGAAUGUUAGUAUUGAGGUGCAUACGCUCCGACAAAAUGGUUCCUUCAGUACAGAACUUUGUGGAAGAAAACUUGGGGAAACAGUUUGUGGAACCUCCUCCGUUUGAUUUGGCUUCAUCUUAUGCUGAUUCUCACAGUUGUAUUCCACUGAUUUUUGUCCUAACACCUGGAGCUGAUCCAACUGUCGUUUUGCUUAAAUUUGCCGACGAUCAAGGAUAUGGUUUGAAUCGACUGUUUUCAUUAUCUCUCGGUCAAGGACAAGGGCCGAUUGCAGUGAAACUUAUUGAGGACGGAAUGAAGAAUGGGUAUUGGAUCGUACUUCAAAAUUGUCACUUGGCAAAAAGUUUCAUGCCAACUUUGGAAAGGAUCUGUGAAGCUCUUGUACCUGACAGUACUCAUCCUGAUUUUCGUCUUUGGUUAACUUCUUAUCCUGCCGAACAUUUCCCAGUCUCUGUUUUACAAAAUGGUGUAAAAAUGACCAACGAGCCUCCAAAAGGACUACGAGCUAAUAUAAUCAGGUCGUACUUAAGCGAUCCUAUAUCUGACUCAGAAUGGUUUGAAAAUUGUAAACAAGGACCUGCGUUUAAGAAAUUACUCUACGGCCUGUGUUUCUUUCACGCACUAAUACAGGAAAGAAGAAAAUUUGGGCCCCUGGGUUGGAAUAUUCCUUAUGAAUUCAACGAAACUGAUUUGCGAAUAAGCGUCAUGCAACUUCAAAUGUUUCUCAACGAAUACAGCGACGUUCAAUUCGUUGCUUUGAGAUAUUUAACAGGAGAAUGUAACUACGGUGGUAGAGUGACUGACGAUUGGGAUCGCAGAACACUUAACACUAUUUUAAGAAGAUUUUAUUGUAAAGAACUUGUUGAACAGUCCGAGUAUGCUUUUGAUCCCACUGGACAAUAUUAUUGUCCUGAUUCGGAGGAUUAUGAUUUCUUCGUUAAAUACACAAGAUCUUUACCAUUGCUCACCCAUCCCGAAGUAUUUGGAAUGCAUGCAAACGCAGAUAUAAUGAAGGAUCAAUUCGAAACGAACUUGCUGUUUACAAGUACUUUGCUUACUCAGGAUUCAACUUCAUCUGAAAGUGCAGCUAAAUCUCCGGAAGACGUUAUUUAUGAUGUAUCUACCGACAUAUUGGCAAAACUACCCAAAAACUUCGAUAUUGAUGAGGCAAUGAGAAAAUAUCCCACGAUCUACCAUCAAAGCAUGAACACGGUACUUGUGCAAGAAAUGCACAGAUUCAAUCGAUUACUUAGCACCGUCAGGGAUAGUCUGAUAAACAUUAAGAAAGCUAUUAAAGGGUUAAUCGUCAUGUCUGUAGACCUAGAGGAAGUUUUGGUGAGCAUGCUGAGGGGAAAAAUUCCAGGAAAGUGGGCAAAAACUUCAUAUCCUUCGAUGAAACCGUUAGGGAGUUAUGUAAACGAUUUUUUAGCAAGGCUGGCAUUUUUACAAAAAUGGUUCGAUGAAGGACCACCCCCUACAUUUUGGCUAUCAGGAUUCUUUUUCACUCAAGCUUUUUUAACUGGAGCGCAACAAAACUUUGCAAGGAAAUAUACAAUUGCAAUAGACUUAUUGACAUUUGACUACGAGGUUAUGAAAGCUCCUACCUUUACGCAACCACCCGUAGAUGGUGUUUACGUUUAUGGAUUAUUUUUAGAAGGAGCCAGAUGGGGUAUGAAUACCAUGAGACUAGAAGAAUCCUACCCCAAAGUUUUAUACGACACUGUUCCAAUUCUCUUAUUUAUACCAAUCGAAAGGUCCGAGCUGGUUAUCCGAAAGACAUACGACUGUCCGGUGUAUAAAACGUCAGAACGAAGAGGAGUCCUUUCGACCACAGGUCAUUCGACAAAUUUUGUUAUCCCUAUUCGUAUGCCCACAGAAAAACCCCCGGAACAUUGGAUUUUACGUGGAGUUGCUAUGCUUUGUCAACUGUCGCAAUAAAAAUGUGUUGUAAAG